AUGAAGACAUCUUUCAUCACCGCGUUUUUGCUUCCUCUCCUCGCUCUCGCAGCUCCGGCUCAAGAGGGAUACUCGGACGCCCCGGCGAACAUCCAGGUCACAGCACGACACCCAGGCCGGGAACAUGUCGACAAGUUGCCCAUGCAAGCUGCCGGAAGAGCAUUCUGGCUAGGCGGAACGCCAGCAACUUACUGCCCAGAGAUUGUCGGCGCUGGUUGCCCACCAGGAAAUGCUACCGUUAUCCUCGGACUGAACAGCAUGAGCGUACUUGUCCCCGGCGGCCAGCAAUUGUACGUCGAGCCAAGUGGUAAACUCGGCUUCACCCAGGCACACUCCGCCUCCAUCCCAGAGGGAUCACACAUCGGCGGCUUCGCAUACAAGCGCAUUGGCAAGAAAACCGGUAGCUUCUACUUCGCCGGCUGGGGAGCCACUGCAUUGAUGGCAUGUCCUGUUCCAAACUCUAUGUUUUAUCAAGUUUUCGCCAACAUCAAGAACGCCAUGGUCCCCGGAGGAGAUAUUAAGCAGUGUGUCGAGUUCAUUGGAGUGGCCGAGGCGUACGAUGGUCGUGUCCCCGCCGCCUGGCAGUAUACCUAG